CUUCGUUCACAAUAAGUUCAAUCCGAACGUUAGGAAACUGCAAUGCAAAACAAACUCAAACAUACAUUUUAUUUGACGAUUAUUUAAUGCAGCUUUGAUUGCCUGAAAAUAAAAAUAAAUUUCAGUAAAAAUUUUUGAAAGCAUUGAAAUUCCACUUAUAAACUGACAGGAAGGAGACUCUUGGCGAAUUUUUGGGUCGUUGCAAGAUUUUAGCGCGCCGAGCACCAAACCGCACAAUAGAAUUAAGUCUUACCUUGAUGCAUAAGGUGGCUUUUUGGAAUUAUCACAUGCUAUGCAAUAGCUAAUAUAAUCUCCCCCCUUCAAAAUAAUGGAGAGUAUGAAGGAGCAUCCAAUUUUAAUGCUCAUUUUCCCUGAUGUGAAUCCAGCUUUUUAAUUGAGAAGAAACCAAAUAAAGGAUGGAACCGAAUGAUAAACCUUUGAUUAACGUUUUGUUUGAGCAAGCAUUUGCUACUGACACAAUUGUUCAAACUGAAGCUCCCAUCGAUGAGCAUUAUCAUUCUAUUUUAAAAGAAAAACCGUAUUCCUGUGAUGUAUGCAAUAGAUUAUUUCCUGAUAAAAGUCAUUUAAAUCAGCAUUAUCGAUCUCAUACAAAUGAAAAACCUUAUGCUUGUGAUGUAUGCAAUAAAGUUUUUUCUUAUAAGGGUAAUUUAAAUCAGCAUUAUCGAUCUCAUACAAAUGAAAAGCCCUAUCCUUGUAAUCUAUGCAAUAAAAGAUUUUCACGAAAAAAUUACUUAAAUAGACAUUAUCUUUUUCAUUCAAAAGAAAAACCCUAUUCUUGUGAUAAAUGUGAUAAAAGAUUUUAUGAAAAGGGCCAUUUAAAAGAGCAUUAUCAAGUUCAUACCAAUGAAAAGCCCUAUUCUUGUGAUGUGUGUGGUAAAGAACUUUCCCGGAGAAGCAGUUUGAGUAAACAUUAUCGGCUUCAUACAAAUAAAAAAUCUUAUUCUUGUAACAUAUGCAAUAGUGUAUUUUCUGAUAAAAGUCAUUUAAAAGAGCAUAAUCAAGUACAUAAAAAUGAAGAAUGUCAUUCUUGUGAUAUAUGCCAAAAAUGUUUUUCUUCUAAAGGUAAUUUGAAUCAACAUUAUCGAAUUCAUUCAAAUGAAAAGCCAUAUCCUUGUAAUUUAUGUAAUAAAAAUUUUUCUCACAAGAGUUAUUUAAAUAGACAUUAUCGUUAUCAUUCAAAAGAAAAAUCCUAUUCUUGUGACGUAUGCAGCAAAGCGUUUUAUGAGAAGGAUCAUUUAAAAAAUCAUUAUCAAACUCAUACAAAUGAAAAACCUUUUUCUUGUGAUUUGUGUGGUAAAACAUUUUCACGUAAAGGCAUUUUGAGUAAACAUUAUCGUUCUCAUACAAAUGAAAAACCUUAUUCUUGUGAUGUGUGCAACAGAAUGUUUUCUGAUAAAAAUAAUUUAAAAGAGCAUUUUCGAACUCAUACGAAUGAAAAACCUUUUUCUUGCGAAGUAUGCAAUAAAGAUUUUACUAGUAAGCGCAAUUUAACUCAGCAUUAUCAUAAUCAUUCGAAUGAGAAACCCUAUACUUGUGAUAUAUGCAGUAAAGAAUUUUCUCGAAAGAUUUAUUUAAAUAGGCAUUAUCGUUGUCAUGCUGAAGAAAAACUGUUUUCUUAAGAUGUAUGCAAUAAAGGAUUUUAUCAGAAAUCUCAUUUAAAGGAACAUCAUCGAAUUCAUACAAAUUUAAAAAUCUUUUUCAUGUGAUGAAUAUGGUAAAGAAUGUUCUGGAGAACGUGAUUUAAAUCGACAUUUUCACGCUCAUACAUAAUUUUGUGGAUAUUUGUGGUAAUGGUUAUACCAAAAAACUUUAUUUGGAUAAUCAUCUUCAAACUCACACUAAUAAAACAACUGAUGUCUGUGAAUUAUGAAAUAAAGAAUUUUCCUCAUCAUUUUCAUGUACAU